AUUUGCAAAAAGUGGUUAAAAUGUUUGCUGGCGGUGAUAAGCGAUAAGUGAUAAUGGACAAUUAAGCCAGUUUCUGUGGUAAUUCAGUCAAAUAAUCACGUUUUUCGUAAGAAAAGUCCGUUACAUGUUGUAGUGAAGUUGCAUUUCGUAUGACUUUUGUGGAGUGAGAAUUGGUUGCAAGAUGGACGAGCAGCCGAAGGAGAGAAUUCGGUGCUUCUUUGAUGUCUCAAUUGGGGGCUUACAGUCAGGCCGGAUCGUGUUUGAGCUGUUCACUGAUGUGGUGCCGAAAACGUGUGAGAAUUUCAGGUGCCUGUGCACUGGGGAGAAAGGCUUGGGGCAGAACACGAAGAAGACGCUACAUUUUAAGGGAGUCGUGUUCCACCGGGUGGUGAAGGAUUUUAUUAUCCAAGGGGGAGAUUUUUCCAAUGGGAAUGGGACUGGAGGAGAGAGUAUUUACGGCGGGACUUUCGAAGAUGAAAACUUUGAUUUAAAGCAUGACCAGCCGUUCCUUCUGUCGAUGGCGAACCGCGGCAAGGAUACCAACGGGUCUCAGUUUUUUAUUACCACACAACCGGCCCCUCAUCUCGACAAUGUUCAUGUUGUCUUUGGACGCGUUGUCGGAGGAGUCGAUGUCGUGCGUCAGAUCGAAUCCUUGCCAGUAGAUACGAACAGUCGGCCUUUACAGGAUGCCAAAAUUGUCAAGUGUGGUGAAUUGGUGCGCCAAGUGAAAGCCAAAAAAGAGAAAAAGAAGAAGAAGGAGGAGAACGAGGAAGAGGAAGCCACCUCCGGGGACGAAAAGAAGAAAAAGAAACACAAAAAGGACAAAAAGAAGGAGAAGAAAGACAAGAAAAAUAAAGAAAAAACUGAAGGUGACUCAGAGGAAGAAGGUGAAGUGCAAGACCUCCACCCUCUGGCGACCGUGACCGAUAUUAACCCAGAAGAUAUACCUGACGUACCUUUCAACAAAUUCCUAAUGAGAGGCCCCCAGGAAAAAGAGAAAGAGAGGAAAUUCAACAAGAAGCGAAAAGAUGAUUUCAGAAGAGACAGGAGACGAGAUUGGGAUCACGGUUUCAACCGCAGGGACCGCCCCAUCACCACUAAGAGCGGCAGAAUUAUCAAGGGCAGAGGGAAAUUUAGGUAUAGAACGCCCUCUCGAAGUCGAUCCAGAAGCGGGACUCCGUUACACUGGCGAAAGGAGGAAUCCCGCGUCAUUAAGCUCUCAGAGUUCGAAAAACUGGAGGCCGAGCGGAAGAAGCGCGAAGAGCGGCGGAGACAAGAGAAGGCCAUUCGGGAAGAGAAUCGUCAGGAAGGGGAUUCCGACGAGAAAAGUAACGAUAAACAGAACAAAGAAGUCGACUAUAACGCGUUGGACUAUGAGGAAAAUCAGUCGGAAGAGGAGGAGACGGUGCGCAAGCAGGUACCGAGUUUGGUCCAGUACCCCCUUCCGGGUACUUUCAACCCGAACAAGGAACCGGCUAACGAGAAGGACGAAGUCAAGGAUGGGCAGGAGGAGAUCGUCAGUAACGCGAAAAGCGAAGUCAUGGCUAUGGCGUUGGGGGUACAAGUGAAGACGGGAGAGGAGUCACCGAGGGACGGACCCAUCAGCGGGUUCGAGAAACGAAACAAACAGAACGAGAUUUCCCAGAAUAACGACCACCACGCCAACCUGAUGAAGCUCGCCGGCCAGCCAAACGACCCCCAGAAAAAGCGCAACCAACAAGACAAAAAAGAAGCCGAAGUACGCACAGGCCGCAACAAAUUCGAGACGGAGAAACCCGACAAUCACAACGACGAGAAUCGCGCUUACAAGAACGGGGGCUACCGCGAGCCGAACCGCCGACGGAUGGAGAGGCGGCCGUUCGACGACCGGAGACCCUUGCGGCGGCCGUUCGGCCGCCGCGACCGAGGGCGGUACGCGCCGUACCCGUCGCGCGAGCGCAAGUACCGGCGCUCGCCGCGGAGGUCCAGGUCGAGGCACAGGCAGCGCUCGCGCUCGCGGAGGCGCUCCCACAGGCGCUCGACCACCCCCGACGACAAGUCGCGGAACAGGUCGAAGUCGCCCAGCGACGACGAGAAGAAGAAGCCGGAAGCCAACCACAAGGAAGAGAAGAAGGUGGACGACGCCGAGGAGAAGUACAAGAGGUUGUUGAUUUUGCGCAAGCAGAUGGAGUUGCUGGAGAUGAAGAAGAAGAAGGAGGUGGAGCAGAAGCUGAUGGAGGAGAAGCACAGGAAGGCGAAGGAGGAGGCGGAUAUGCUGGAGAAGGCGAAGAAGGCGAAGAGGGAGGCGAUCGAGAAGGAGAAGUUGCUGAAGACGUACAAAGUGCUGCAGGAGUUGGAUAAGAACAGUUCGGGGAAGGGGAAGAGGGCGCGGAGUUACAGCUCGGGCAGUUCGAGCAGCUACAGCGACAGUUCGAGUGAUUCGUCGUCAAGGAAGUCCAAGAGGCGCGGGAGGUCGCGGUCUCGUUCGAGGAGAAAGGGGAAGAGACGCAGCAGUUCCAGUAGAAGUAGGUCCCGGCGCAGAGGCUACACCCCCAAGAAGAAAAGAUAAUACAAAGAUUUACCCAUUUCCAAUACGUUUCAUUCUUUUUUCACGUGUUUUAAGGUUUCAAACAUUGUAUAUUUUUUUGGGAAAAUAGUGUUCUGAGAAAACACCACAUGUAAAGAAUUCGAAAAAAAAAAACAACUGAGUUUUCUUUGCCCCGUCGCCACACACACUACUAGGGAAGAAAAAAGUACUGAAAAUACCAAACACUUUUAUUAUUCAUCAUAUUGCUACCAUAGCAAUAUAAAAUCUAAUAUAAUUAUUGUUAACAAUUAA